AUGACCCAAGCGAAAUACAACAGGAAAAACAUCUUCUACUUCAGAGUGCUGGAGCACAAAAAGAAGACUGUGGCAGUCUGUUUCCCGGCUGACGGAGAGCCCCUGCCUGUUUCCUACGUCUCUAACGGCACUGCUGCGAUUACCGACUGGUUGAAGGCCAACUUUUCUGACACUAGCAACACCACAGUUGUCAUUGUGGACCCCGUCACCGACAGAAAGUACUCUCUUUCAACCAACCAGAAGCUCCUCAACGCCAUUUCCAGGCAUGUCGAGAUAGUCGUCCCCUACGUGUUUCAGUGGGUAGCGUACGACCGACCCACGGGCGAAAACUACAAGAACCUCAAUUUUCCGUUUCAAAUGACUGAGAAAUAUCUCAACGCGGGCUACCCUCUUCCCAACGCCAUUGAGCAGGGGUUCAGGGGUGCCAAUCUCAAGAAGGCAUGGAAGUAUGUGAACCUGGACAACUUUGACGCGGAACUCGACUGUAUCAAAACAGAUAUCAAGUUUGAGCGUUUCUACAACUCCUUCUACACUAAACAUGCGUCAUCUGGAGAAUGGUCAGCCAAGUUCAUGACAGAUCCUAAGCAUUUGCGCAUGAAGAAGUACAAGAUUGGGCGUCAAGAGGGACUUGACAACGGAACUAUCCAGCCAGUUUUCUGCACUAAGGGAGAUGGAGGGUAUGAAGUUCGAACCGGCUGGGUCGCGGCAGAUGAUGUAAAGGUCAAGCUGGAGAAGGCCCGGUCUGGUUUCGACUAA